GUAAAAAGAUUGAGAGCCUGGUCACACCGCGGUUUGUAAACACGUGCAGGACGGCUUGUUGCAAUGGGCAAAAUACGGAAAGUAAAAACAAGGACGCCCUCCGGCGUGGAUACCUCAGUGGAUCUGGAGAAUGCACUUGACAAUGCGACAGAGGAGGAGGCGACGGGCUGCGGACCCAUUGAGGCGAUCUGCGUGCACCUACAGCGGCCGGAUGUGGAGGACAAGUUGAACGGACUGCAUUCCUUUGCGGUUUUGGCGCUGCGCAAGGAGAAGGUGCAGGAAAUUUGCGAGAGCGACCUGGUUCGGAUAGCGGCCCCCCUGCUGUGCGAUAAAGAGCCAGCCAUCCGAGAUGCGGCAGCCGGAGCCUUCCGGAAUCUUUCCGUGUUCGGCUCGGAGGUGUGUGACUUUCUCGUGGACAACGACAUAUUAACGGCACUACUGUCACUUUUGCUGGACUACGAUCUGACCAAAAAUGGCUUCGACAGCGAAAUCCUUUCGGAUAUAUUCCUUCAGGCAGUACAUCUGCUCCGUAAUCUGUGCGAGAGCUCGCCGACGGCCACGGAAGCCUUCAACCAGGCAAAUCUCCUGCCCAGGCUGCUCGUGUGUCUGGAUUACAGGAAAUUUGGUUUAGAUAUUGCCCUCUCAGUAGCGCAAUUGGUUCUAGUGGUGUCCGAGAACAACUCUAGCUGCUGGAACCUUUUGGCCAACGCAAGUAUACUGCCGGAGCUCCUUAAUGUUCCGGCUGAGAGCCAUGGACAGCUCUACCUCAACGCCUUGGCCGCUGGCAUCCUUUGCAAUGUACCCGCCUGCGCAGCGGCUCACACCCGAGAGAUCCUGACUAGUCUCAACCAAUUGCUCACCAUCGAUACACAGGCCCAUCUGAUGGGAUGUAAAUCCGAGAUUCAAACUGCAAAGUCUAAAAACGAGGCUCCCGUGCUGGAGAUAUCCAUGGAAACGGAGGAGCUCACAGAGACCCAGAGUGUCAAUCCGUCCAAAUCGAAUGAGAGCGAAGGGGAGGAGACGCUGAAGAACCUGGAGCACUUGCUGGACGCCCAGCGUCUAGUGGCGGAAAUUAUCACAAACCUAGGCUCCAGCGACGACCAAAGCGAAUGGGGCUCGGACAGCAACCAAUCGGAGACGGAAAGUGUGGCUGACUACGAGAUGGAGGAGGAUGCAGCAGACAGUGGAAGGGGAUUGCCCGCUAACUUCUUAGAAACCAUUAAACAGAACCAAGUGGUGCAGAAGCUGUGGCAAAAAGCUCAGCCCUUAGAUCCUUCUGUAGAGAAGCUUCUCGAUCAGCAAGACGGCAUUCGGGAGAAGUUAGCAAAGAUGCGGGUGUCCUACCUCAUUUGUCUGCAGAAUCUCUGCAAUGUGCUGACUGCCGAGAAUUUGGGUGGCUAUAACGAAAUCUACAACAUGUGGAUGAAUCUUGGCCAACAAGCCUUCAAAGGAACCGAGGACGCGGCCGUCAUGGAGGCCAUAACGUCGCUAAUGCGCUCCUCACUGAGUUUGCUAAAGUCACGGCGGGAUCUCUUUGGCCAGAUGACCGAGAACGAUCUAAACAUGAUAAUCGAGGGCGCCAGCAAAUGCACGGUUAUGGACAUUCGAGUAAACUGGAACCGGAUGCUUGGCACCUUGGGUUCCCUACUCUCGGAGUCACUCGUCAAGGCCAUUGUGCUCUUCCUUUUAAACUCAUGUGCUCGCGAGGACGAUUUAUGGGCCCUGUCCGAAGGACUGGACGCCCUCAUGGACAUAUUCGCGGUGGACGAUUGGCCGCAAAUCAUCGCUGAGCUGGAAAUGUGCGAGCGCGUUCAGGCGUUGGAAGAACUUUUUAAAUCUAAGUUGCGCCAACAGAAACGAGAGCUCAAAGAGCGAAAAGCGACUAUUUAUACAGUAAAAACAAAUUUUUCACGCUUUGUUUCGUAUCUAAACAAAAACUGUAAACAAUAAAAUUAACUUACUGAAAAUAA